GCGUUCACCGGAAGUACACUGCCCACCUUGACCCGGCGCGUGCAGGCCAAUUAGAGCGGAGCAGCUGUCUUCAUUAGCGUCCCUCCGGUCAGCAUGGCGCAUCUCUCCGCCCCAGGCCUCCGCCGACGACCGUGGAUAAGUAGCUGCAGCGGCCCGGCACGAGAGCUCAGCAUCCGGCUGUCCCCAUGGCCAGGAGCGGGUUCUGCGACUCCACGGCUCUGCUGGACUUCCACAUGAAGGUGGAAGAGAGGAGACCCCCAUUAAGAGUGAUGGCUAACACCUGUGGGCCUAUAGAUCGCUGGCAGCCAAUGGAAGCAGGUGAUUCCAGGAUGAAUGCGGUCAAUAUGGAGCCCGAGUGCAGAUGGGAAAGGAGGCUCUCCGCUCACACCAGUGAAGAAAUCCUCAUGGGAUUCCACGAAGACAAUUCUGCAGCAGAAGAUUGUGUGGAGACCUGUGUUUUUUACCCACAUGGCCUGCAGGGCCUUUCCGGUCUCCAGGCCCUGGUUCCCAGUUUGCUGCGACGUGAAGUAGAGAAGGCACUUGAGAAGUUGGACCUUAUUUGGGACCGGCAUUAUGCUUGGGACAUGUUUUUGGAUAUGAUGAGAACGCAGAACUUUGUUCCCAUUACGGAUCUGCCCGGGCAUUUCACUGAUGCCAAUCGAGCUAUCCUAGUGGACUGGAUCAUUCAAGUUCAUGAUUUGUUGCAGUUCCAAGAAGAGACUCUCUACCUGGCCAUACACCUCCUCAACCGCUCCUUACGACACCUGAAGGUGCAGACGGCCAACCUGCAGCUCCUCGGCAUGGUUUGCCUCUUUCUUGCAGCAAAGAAAGAAGAGAGCCUUCUCCCAGAGGUGUCUGCACUCUGCAGCUUGAUGGACCACGCCUACACCAAGCAUCAGCUUUUGCGAAUGGAACGCAAAGUCCUCUCUUCACUCAAGUUUGACCUGUCCUGUUGUCCGGCUCUUCAUUUCCUCCUCAUCUUUUCCUCUGUGGCUCACUGCAGUGCUAUGGUGGUGUGGAUGGCUCGUUACCUGCUGGAGCUGUCUCUCCUGGAAGAUCGGUGUGUGGCGUUUCUGCCAGUGCAGCUGGCUGGAGCUGCCCUCUGUUUGGCCCGCCGGGUCUUACAAGAGUCUCUGACCCCAGCAGGAGAAGCUGCCUGGUGUCUGGCCUCUAGCAUCCAUGUCGGCAGUGAGCCAACUCUGCUGAGGAUAAUGCAUAUUCUAGCUAGUGCUGCAGCCAAGGCCCACGCCCGAGAGACCUGCGCUACUUUUCUGAAGUUUUCUUCCCCAGAGACCAUGCAUGUUAGUAGACACCCAGGUCUGAGGACCGCUGUAGGUCUGCUGGGUGAAUGCUCUUGACACUUCAGACUCAACUUGAGUUGGUGGAUUAGUUUCCUUUUAGGACUUGAUGCUCCAACAGUCCAAGUUUAUAGCAGAAGUAUUUUGGACCCUAUGGAGUUUCCGUGUAAAUGGAUCAGAAGUGUGAAAGAUUUUGUGCCCAAUGUUGUUUGCAGUCUUCUAGCAUGUCCAACAAUGUGGCACAUUUGUUUUAUGGUCUUAUCUUGCAGCUGAUGCAGAAAAUACUUGAACUGUACUGAUGUGUCCUUGUCUUGUGGAGAGGAUGUGAGUUAUAUAUGUCAAGUGUAGGAAAUUUUUAUGUAAAAUAAAGUGUCUGCUGCUUUGUGUUUUGAGAUUAAACCAUUUUGUUUUCA